AUGGACGUCCAACCAUUUGGAGCGAUUUGUUCACCAACAAUAUGCGCCCAUGUCCUUCGCCAAGCUGCUGAAGACGGUGGAGAUGACGGGCCCGAAGUUACAAAACAAAUCGUCGACCAUUUCUACGUGGACAACUGGUUGACAUCAUUCCCGACCGCUGAUGAAGCGUUGCAGUAUGCAAAAAAGGUGACCAGCGUGCUGCGGAGAGGUGGAUUCGAGCUCGCUCAAUGGGGAUCUUCAAGCUCGACAGUUUUAAUGUCGCUUCCGGGCCAGCCCGUGUCAUCCAUCGACUUGGCUCUACAAGGUUUGCCAGUCGAACGUACUCUUGGUUUAUCGCUGGAUUACGGCAGCGACUCAUUUGUGAUCAGUGCCUGCAUCAAAACGGACGGUGCGACGAAAAGGGAGAUUCUACGAGAAACGGCAAGUGUCUACGAUCCAUUCUGUUUCCUGUUGCCCGUUGUGCUCCACGCAAAACUCAUCCUGCAAGCUGUAUGCAGAAAAUCUGUCAGCUGGGACGAGUCAUUGGAUCCAACAACGGUGGAAGAAUGGAGAAAGUGGGCUACUUCUCUUUCAGAUCUGAAUCCACUUUUUAUUCCGCGCUGUUUCAACCCGGAGUCGGCGCGAUCAAGAGGAGUUGGACUCCAUGUAUUUGCGGAUGCUUCCGAGUCCGCGUUUGGGGCCAUCGCGUAUCUCCGCUUCGAUCAUCCGGAAGGAGUAAAGAUGGCCUUCAUCAAGGCGAAAACAAGAGUGGUGAAAUACGUCUCGAUUCCGCGUCUCGAAUUAUGCGCCGCCCUUCUAGCCGCCCGUCUCGCAGCAUCCAUCAAGGUCGAAAUCCGCCAAAAAAUCGACCAAAUAACUUUCUGGUCGGAUUCGACCACUGUCCUAAGAUGGAUUAAUUCCUCCCACUACCGUUUUCAUAUUUAUGUUGGAAACAGAAUCGGAGAGAUCCUGGAACUCUCCGACGCUCAUCAAUGGCGCUACGUCCCUACCGCCCAAAAUCCAGCCGACGAUGUCAGCCGUGGUAUCGCAGCCGCUGAAUUUUCGACCAAUCAUCGAUUCUACAAAGGACCGUCCUUCCUCUAUAAUCCACCCGAGAGCUGGCCGUCCUUCCCGGAUUUGAAAAAUGGAAUCAACGAAGCGGAUGAUCCUGAAAUCCGCUGUACGAGAUGGGUCGGCGCAACGCUCCGAGUACACGAUGCCAUCGACGAUCUGACCAUCAACACGUCUCGUUAUCCGUUCCUGAUUGGCGUCGUCGGAUUCGUCAAGCGAUUUGUCAGCAACGCCCGAAAGGACAAAUCUCACCGCAAUUUCGACAAAUUAUCAGAGACGGAGAUUGUCCUUGCCGAAUCUGAAUUAUUCCGGUGCGCUCAACUUUCUGCCUUCCCCGACGACUUCGAAAAUUUAAAGGACGGAAAAGGAUUGGAGGCGAGUUCCAGCCUCAUCACUUUAUCGCCCUUCAUCGACCAGAUUGGAGUUCUACGCGUAGGUGGUAGGAUAGAAAAUGCGCCAGUGCCACCCGAAACCCGCCACCCAAUUAUUCUUCCGGCCCGCGCCAGAGUAACGGAGCUGCUGAUCUACAGUCAACAUCUCGAGCUCGUCCACUCUACCCAGGAGAGAACAUUUCAUGAAGUUCGCAAACUUUACUGGAUCCAAGGCGGAAGAAAAACGGUGAGAAGAAUUCUCAAUAAGUGCUUCAAAUGCAAGCGACUCAACGCCAAAGCCUUGUGCCCGAUGAUGUCUGCUCUUCCCGGUUACCGCCUGAAGCCUUUCUACCCCGCCUUCACACACACCGGAGUGGAUUUUUUCGGCCCGUUCAACGUCAUCAUUUUUCGCCGCAAGGUGAAACGCUGGGCCUGUUUGUUCACGUGCAUGUCUUCCCGGGCCGUACAUUUGGAAAUGGCUUAUGCGCUCGACACCUCAUCAUUCAUCAACUGCAUCAGCCGCUUCGAAGACCGACGCACGAUCCCCACGCAUUACCACAGUGAUAACGGCACCAACUUCGUCGGAGCCGUUCGUGAGUUUUCGGAGUGUCUCCAGCGGAUGGAUCAGCUAGCUGUACUCGACGGAGUGCAAAGAAGAAACGUGACCUGGAGCUUCAACCCCCCCGCAGCGCCACACUUCGGUGGAGCCUGGGAACGGCUCGUCCAGUCGUCAAAACGCGCCCUUCAAUUCAUCUUAAACGAGCAAACGCUGACGGACGACAUUCUUUCAACUGCGCUCGUCCAAGUGGAAAAGCUCCUGAACGGCCGUCCUCUCACUUAUGUGAGCGUCAAUCCGGCAGAUCCCGAACCAAUCACGCCGAAUCAUCUUCUUCUCGGCCAUGAAAACCCCUACAUUCCAUUCCACCUUUUCGACGCCAGCGAUAUGACGACCAAACGCAAAUAUCGUACCGCCCAGUACCUCACCGAUUGUUUUUGGAGACGCUGGAUGAGGGAAUAUUUGCCCGGCCUUGCUGAACGAAAAAAGUGGCUGUACGGUCAAAAGAACCUCAACAUCGGCGAUAUCGUUAUCGUCAUUGAGCCCGACACACCCCGUGGGAAAUGGCCCAUCGCUCGAGUUGUCGAGGUCUUCACCGGUCCAGACGGAGUCGUCAGAUCUGCAAUCGUCCGCCUCCGGUCGUCCACCAACACCACCGAACUACACCGUCAAGCUGUGCAUUGGCGUUCUCUGGCAGGUAGAGGUAGACUGGUGGAAUCCCAAAUUGGACAAGAGCAAGAUAUAGAGAGUCAACAAGAAGAAGAGGGAAGUAUCCCUUUUGUGACAGACAGCAUUCAAGAGCAGACAGCAAGAUCCACAGAAGAAGCAGUGGCCGAUCCUGUAAUUCCACCACCAAUGGCGACUAACGUGAUUGGAACAUUGGAGCCGUUCAACACUGAGACGGGCAAGUGGCAGGUAUACGAAAAAAGACUUCAACAGUUCUUUAUUGUUAACAGUAUUACCGAAGAUGUCAAGAAGAAGGCUUAUUUGUUGACUGUGCUGGGAGCCGAAAUUUGUGAUUUGAUAUGGGAUUUAUUUAGUCCCACAGACCCCACGGCGUCAACGGUGGAGAUUGCAGAGCGUUUUCGUUUUUUUCAACAUAAGCAAAAACCAGAAGAAACCAUAGCAAGUUUUAUGGCAUCGCUACGAAACCUCGCCAAGGAUUGUUCUUUUGGAGACUUUCUUAAUUCAGCCUUAAGAGAUGCUUUCGUGAUAGGCCUGCAAGAUCAACGGAUUCAAACGAAGCUGUUGGCCGAAUCGGCCUUGACGUUGGACUCUGCAUUCAAGAUGGCUGUCAGCAUGGAAUCCGCAACCCAGCAAGCCAAACAACUUAGACAAGAAGAACCAAUCAACGUUUUAAGAACUCGUACUACGGGAUGCUGGAGGUAUGGUGAACCUCAUAAUCCGGCAGGGUGUUAUUUCAAAACGCAAGAGUGUUUCUACUGCAAGAAAGAAGGACACCGGGCAGCUUGCUGCCCAGAAAAGCAAAAGAAGAAAAGUCGAGAGUCAGAAAAGUCCAGAGAAGAAAAGGCAGCAAUCCCCAAGAAGAAAGACAGCACAAAGAAAAAUCGAUUAAACUUUGCAGAUAAUACCGAAGACGCCGAGGGAUUGGAAGAUUUUGAUCCUGACACAGAUUUUAAUUUUUCUAUCUGCCAGAUCCGAACAGGUCCACAAAACCGUUGGUGA